UGUUCAGGAUGUUGCUGAAAUUUCUCGUUCUCUUGGUUCUGGCGGCGUGCUUGUUACAAGUUGAAGCUGGAACCCGAAUAAUCCGUUCCCCUCAAUUCGGAUCCGCCAGUCAAGCUAGUGCGAAAGCUAGUGCUGGUGGAUUUGGUCAACCGGGACAAUUUGGACCAGGAUUCGGAAGGCCAGGGUUUGGUAGACCAGGUUUCGGUGGUCCUGCGAUUGGAAAACCGAGAUUCAGUGGUCCUGGUUUCGGCGGUCCUAGUUUUGGUGCUAGGCCGGGAUCUGGAACGAAUAUCAGCAUUUCGAAGAGUGUCAGUAUAAGCACUGGGAAUGGUGGAGUGGCUAGAUCCAACGCACAGUCCGCUUCUUCUGGUUAAAGAUAUUAAAAGACUUUUGAAUGUUUGUUCGAUAUGAUACCUAAAAUGUAA